AUGCCAAAAAUCAAUAGCAACAACAUUAUCUCUUCUGUUCGUCAUCUUUCCGCAUCUUAUCCUCCUAAUGACAACAACAACAAUAAUAAUGACUUAGCAAGCGUCAAUCAUCGGUUUUUAGAUGAAUUGAUAUCAAAAAUCGAACCACUCAUCAAAAAUAAAGUUGACCAAUACACCAAUCUUUCCCUUCUUGAUUUGAUCACACCAAAAGCUAAAUCAAGAAAAGGAAAAACUCCACGGCCUCAAAACCCAUUUGUGCUGUAUCGUCGCAACGUACAAGCAAAACUUAUUCGAGCGUAUGGAAAGGAAAUUGGUGGAGAUUUGGCUACAAUAUCAAAAGCUGCUGCUGAAAGUUGGAAAAAAGAAUCCGCUGAAGUCCACAAAAUCUUCGAGUUUAUUGCCAAUCUCGCAAAGGCUGUGCAUGAAGAAGUUUUUCCGAAUUAUGUGUAUAAACCAAAGAAGAGACGGACUAAAGGUCCAAUUUACGAUAUGGAUGACGACGAAAAAGAGUUGCUUUUAAAUGUCUCUCAAAGUUAUCAGAAUCUUUGCGCUUCUAAUGUAUCAUCUGUGGAUAACUAUCAUCAUUUUUAUUCUGAUAAUUCUCAAUAUAGUAAUUGCCCUUGUCAUAUUGCUCCUCAAUCGUCAAUAAUUGGUCUUCCUCCUAUACACAAUAACCUCAAUAAUAAUGUUUACUUACCUCCUUUAAAAAUGAAUUCUCAAAAAACUUCCUCUCCAUUAAUUCAUCUCCCUUCAAUUUCCCAGUCUAAUUCUAAUAAUAGUAAUAGUUAUCUCACAGCAACAACAAAUGUUCCCACAGAAAAUGAAUCAUAUGUUGUAUUAAUGGCCGCGCGUUUUUAUCAAUGCGCGAAUUUUACGGGACCUUACGUCGAGGUUAUUUCACCUGAACCACGUUGUCAAACCUUCGAAUUAUCGACUACAGUUUCGAGUGUAAAAGCAACCUCUGCUAAACUAAUUGUACAAUACUAUUCACAUCCAAAUUGUUGCGGGAGAGAAAUGUUGAAGACUGUUGGUGACGAAUCAAAUUUUAAGAAGAGUUUGAACAUUCUAUCGGAAUCACUUGGAGAUUAUGAAAAACAACCAAAAUCACUAGAUUCCAAUCGUAAAUUAUUCGAGCCAAAUGGUAAAGAUAAGUUUGAAAGAGCCUCAAACAUUGAUGAGAUUUUCUAUUUGGUUAAACAAAAUUGGGGCAACAACUUCUCUGCUCCAAUGAAGCAAAUACUCGAGAGUGGUGCUAAUGUAUUGGAUGUCAGCUGUGGUCCAGGUAUGUGGGUCUUAGAAAUGGCCUCGGAUUAUACAAACUCAACUUUUACUGGUAUUGAUGAAGAUAACUGCUAUCCGACUGGAACGAAGCCUAUUAAUGCAUCUUUUUGUCACAUGUCUUCAACGAAGCAACUUCUUAUACGUGAAGAAACUUUCGAUUAUGUUCAUUACUGUGAAAUUGAAGCGGAACCUCAUAAUUUGCCAAUCAUUGUUAAAGAACUCCGACGUGUGACUAAGAUAAAUGGAUGGGUCGAAUUGCUUGUUAAUGGAAGUGGACAUAAUGCUGUGAAAAUUUUGGGUAAAGCGCAUUUUUCUGAUGUAAACUUUGAUCAAAGACCAAUUUACGAUCAUGGUUAUAGUGCUUCUGAUACCAAUGAACGCGAGAAAGCAAUUUUAACUCGCAUAUAUGCCAAAAGAGUGUCAUAG